GAGAGGCGCGCGCGCUCUCAGCAGCACGGUGAGCACACCGCAAAAAGAGAGAACCGGCAGAGAGAAAGAAUGUGAACAAGGUGGAUUGGGCUGAGCUGCUUUGUGUCCUUACUAUUGGAGGUUUCUACGCCUAAAAAAAGAACAAUAGGAGUAUGAGCUCGUUUUUUACUCUUUUCUUCUAUUUGUGUUAGCCUUCUUUUUUCCCGUUUUCUCAGAGAUGGACUGGAAGCGGCGUUGCGAGUGAGUGAGGAGCAUCAUUUACCUUCACCGGAAAUUCAUUCUUAAUGACUCAAUUGGGAUACACGACUCAGAGUGUAUGGGAGUAUUUUUCGACAAAACUACCUUGUUUUGGUUCAGAACACCUUGGACAUCAUGAGCUCUAAUGCAUAUCACCAAGGCUCAAUGGGAGAUGAGCCAAAUGGUGGGACAAUUCGGUGUCAACGGUGUCGGGAAGUGUGCAAAGGAGAAGUGGUUCGAGUUCAAGAGACCCACUUUCAUGUCGAGUGUUUCACCUGCACCGUGUGUAACUGUGAUCUGGCGAGGUCAGGUUUCUUCCAGAAGAAGGGCGAGUACAUCUGCACAGCAGACUACCAGCGACUGUACGGCACACGGUGCGACCGUUGCAACAGUUUCAUCACGGGCGAGGUGGUCUCUGCUCUGGGACGGACUUACCACCCCAAGUGCUUUGUCUGCAGUGUUUGCAGUAAACCUUUUCCGAUUGGAGACAGAGUGACAUUCAGUGGAAAGGAGUGCGUGUGCCAGCAGUGCUCUCGCUCAGUGGUCAAGCCAAAUGAACCUAUCAAAAUCCACGGGCCCAGCCACUGUGCCGGAUGUAGAGCAGAGAUCAAGCAAGGUCAGUCUCUCUUGGCGCUGGAGAAGCAGUGGCAUGUCAGCUGCUUCAGAUGUCAAACGUGCAACAUGGUCCUCACCGGAGAGUACAUCAGCAAGGAUGGCGUUCCAUACUGCGAGGCAGACUACCAUGCCCAGUAUGGGGUGAAAUGUGAGGGCUGCAGCAGAUAUAUAAGUGGAAGGGUUUUGGAGGCUGGAGGGAAGCACUACCAUCCAACGUGUGCUCGCUGUGCUCGCUGUAACAUGAUGUUCAAGGAGGGAGAGGAAAUGUAUCUGACAGGUUGUGAGGUGUGGCACCCAUUAUGCAAGCAGGCAGCAAGAGCAGAGAGGAGGCACAAGGUGAGACAGAUAUUAAAUUUUCUAUUUUUUGGGUUAGAACUGAAACAGUGGGUUUCUCAAUGUUAUGUGCUUUUCUUUCUUUAUACCUCACAGCACAGACGCCUGUCAGAGACCUCUAUCUCUCCUCCAAGCUCCUCCAUUGGCUCUCCCAAUAGGGUUAUAUGUGCCAGAUUGGCGAAUGAGUUCCUAGAUUAUAAGGACCUAGCUGCCCUCCCACAGAUCAAGGCCAUAUAUGAAGUCCAGCAGCCAGACCUCAUAUGCUCCUCAUAUCAGCCCUACCAGAGAUACACCUCUGAUGACAGGCUAGACAUGACUUACAGCUAUGGGGAGUCACUUGGGACACUUUCUCCUUAUUCUCAGGACUACGACUGCCUGGACAUGAAGCAGAGGCGAUGCUCCAGUCUAAGUUACAUUGACUCUCCUACCUACAGUCGUCAAGGCAUGUCACCUAUCAUGCCUCGCUCUCCGCAGCACUUUGGUUACCCUGGAUCUGAGAGUGGCAGGAGCUCACCUUACUACGGCCAAGAGGGGCGGUCCAACACACCAACCCUCAUCCAGCCCCCAAAACAUUUUCAUGUACCAGCCACAGGGGAGCCCAACAUCUACAGGAAGCCUCCCAUCUAUAAGAGAACGGACAAUCAUUUGAACGCAGCAACCAAAAGUAGGACCAGUGAGGAUAUCCUGAGAUCCUCCAGACUGUCUACCUACUCUCCUGAGCCAUACACUGAGUGUGACUACUACCCGUACAGCAGCUCCCCCAGGGCCUAUCGUGUACCAAGGAGACGGUUCUCGACAGGGGGAGAUGAAGAGAGUUGGAGUCACAGUCUUCAAAGAAUUGGAAGUGGCAUAGGGAGGAUGAUCCUAAAGGAGGAGAUGAAAGCCAGAUCUGGUUCCUAUGACAACGACCCCUGGGGCAGUGCAAGGAAUUCUCGUAGUGGGAGCAAAGAAACCCUCAACACUGCAGGCUACAGCUCCACGGCUUACAACAACACUAUCAACGGAUCUCGAUCCCAAUACAGCACUGAUAGCGAUUUUGUGUGCAAGUCUGCCUCACUUCCAGGUUAUGGACGCAAUGGCAUACAAAGGCCUCAGAGUGCUGACUGCUACCAGUACCAGUACGACAGUAGCAGUGAAGUCAACUGGGGAAGCAGAGCGGAAUACAAGAUUUACCCCUAUGAAGCUCUCAUUGUCACCACCAGAGGGAGGAACAGGCUUCCCAAAGAUGUCGAGAGAGCCAGACUGGAGCGUCACCUGUCCCCGGAGGAGUUUGUCCAAGUGUUUGGCAUGACCAUUGAGGAUUUCGACAGGUUGGCUUUAUGGAAGAGGAACGAGCUGAAGAAACAGGCCCGACUCUUUUAAUAGCGUGCGGACAUCUGUUAAAUACUGCCAUACAUCUAGAGAGAAACUGAAAACUAUGGAGAUGUCUGCACCGUUUCACUGCCAUGACUGAGAACCUGUUCUAGAUCUCCUCAAGCAACCGACCAAAUUGUGGGCACACCAGCACAGAGUUGUGGGAUUCAGAGACAUUUAUGCACAGAAACAGUGCUUGUGUGUUCACGUGCUGGAGUGGUGUGAAAGCAAUACAGGCUUGUAAGUUACAGAUACCAUCUUGUGCUUUUCUUUAUUGUAAAGGAUUAAGGAACGCACGUCUGCACCAUAUACACAAACAAAAAACAGAGCUGCCCAACUUUUAUACUAUGAGGAGGAUUUUGGCUUUGCCUUAUUUGUUAUGCUUUCUUCAUAUAUUUUAUGAGUGUGCAGCACCAGCAAUCUGAAUAAGUAGAAUGUAGUUGCAGUAUAUCAUUUACGUCACUUUAUUAGUGUGAAUGAUACAUGAUCAGAAUGGAUGAGCGCUAGAAUGCAGUUUGCUUUUUUUUUUUUUUGCAUUAUCUUCACUUCCCCCUGAUUUUGCACUCUUACUCAAAUUACUGUGUUCCUUUAUACUGACUGAUAAUAAGAAGCAAUGAGCAACGAGAAGUACGUCUAAACUUACAUGACUUAAACAUGAAAAACCAAAGUGUGCAAAUACAGAUUAGCUGUAGACAUUGAUGUAAUAGUUACACUAUUCAAAAUGAAUGACAAUGCAUAGACUGUGUUGUAAUGUUUGAGAAUGUUCAUUACAUUUAACUGAUAACAGAAGACAAGCCACAGAAACAAUGUUAUUGUUAUUGUUGUUUUCUAGUUCAUUGCAACAGAGUGUUGAGGACAGUGGCCAUUCAAACGAGAUCCAAAAUGAUGAUCCAAUAAUUUUGUAGCUAGUAUACAGGGGUUUUGAUAAGUAACAAAGAACUGCUUUGCAAGGAUUUUCACAUGUUGCUUAAGAUCCAGGGUUGUUGACGUUUUGCCUUUGAACGCUGUUAUUUUGGAUUUUGUCACUAAAAUUAAACUCAUAAUUCCCCCUUU